UUCCAGUAGCGUUAUUGGAGGCAAACCGAGACAUUUCAGGACGACCCUCCGGAAUGGUAAGGCUCGUCAGAGACUUGGGAAAGAUAAGAUACAAAAAGUCGGCCGAGAUCGGCUUUCCAUCUCAUUUGCCUCGCGCUCUCCCCUUCUUCCUCCUCCUCCUCGCGUAGCUCCGCCUCCAGCCAUGAGCUGCGUCGCACGGGCUACGCCCUCCAUCGUCAUUCUCCCUCGUCCUUGCACUUUCCAUAGGAAAGCGUCUCUUCGUCCCAACCUUCGAACACAGUCUCACCAAACGGCCACCACCGACACCAGCACCGCCGACGGCCUCCCCCGCCUUCUCCUCCACGACUCCCUCAACCAAGCCGGCAUCGACACCAAGCUCGCGCGAGCUGCGAGAGAAGGGUUCUGCCAGCAGAUACAGGGCCUGUCCGGGAUCAGCGGGGAGACGAGCAUCGUCGUCAGGAUCGGCGCCGAUCUUGCUAAAGCCGCACUGCAGAUCGCGGCGGAGGAUGAUUCGCUUAUCUCCCAUUCGUCCGUGCCGCUGCCGGUGGAUGCGUUCGUCGAAAGGUUGGAUGAUCUAUCUAUGGGGUUCUGCUCCCUGUACAUGCCACCCUUGAAUUCCCCUCCCGAGGUGUUCCUUGGGAACCUGGAAAGAUAUUUCUAUGUUCACAAGGGAUUUCGUAGAACAGAUGCAAUGUCAGAUGCCCGAUCGUUAUAUCUUCACUCGGCUUUGACUUGUCGAUCAGGAUCAGCAGUGAUACUAUCACUCAUAUACUCAGAAAUGCUAAAAAUGCUAAAGGUGUAUGGUUUUCUGGAUUUCGAUGUAGAGAUCUUUUUCCCCCAUGAUCUUGGCAGUCUUCCUCGAGGAUAUCAUAAACAGAAAAGCCAAUUGUCAGAUCAACCCCAUAUUGUUACUUCAAAAUCACUAUUGGUUAAGACACUAAGGAAUCUGAAGGAUGCUUUCUGGCCAUUCCAGUAUGAUCAUUCUACUAGUUUAUUUUUAAGAGCGGCACAAGCUGCAAAUCUCAGUUAUGGUCCUGCGACAGUAAAAGAAAGAUACUCCAAGUCACAUAGCAAUGUGAGUGGUUUAGAGAUAGCUUCUGCUAAGGCUGCUCAUCAUAGAAUAGAGCGUGGAGUUUGGACGAUUGUUCGUUUUGGUGAUAUGCGGCGUGCAUUAGCUGCUUGUGAGAGACUUAUACUUCUAGAUGCUAGUCCCGAGGAGCUAAGAGAUUAUGCAGUUCUUUUAUAUCACUGUGGAUUCUAUGAAGAAUGCUUACUCUUCUUGAAAUCAUAUGAAACCUCAAAGGAUUCUUACACCCGGGUGUCCCAAUCUAAUCAAUCAAACAAGUUGGAGGAAGAUCUUACUGUAAAUCUGAUGACACGGGUAAAACUCAUUCUGGGGGAGGAAGGUUGGAGCAACUCCGGAGUCAGUACAAGCUACUGGGGUAAGAACAGCGAACCAUGGUAGAUAUUUUUUCUGACACCUGUUCACAUUGGUUGUGCAUCACACCAACAAAUUACCAUUGUCAAUUGUGUUUGGGUACUAAUAGAUGUAUGUAUACUAAGUAGAUACAGUGGUUUGUAUAGUAAGAGGGUGAGCGUAUAGAUGAAAGCAGAUUUUAAAUUGCAAAAAUAAGUGAUACGUAAUGUAAAUAAUUGUGGGUGGCAGUAGCCAUUUGUAUAGGUAAUUCCUCUCCCAUAGAAUUGUCAAUUAGUUGGGAAAACUCAAAAAGUGAUGGAGUCCUCUGUGUUACAAUUUGAAUUUGAUUUCAAUGGAUAGCUUAUAGUGUCCUGGUUCCAA